AUGCUUUCGUAUUGAAGUUCUAUCUUCGUCGGAGAACGAUAAGGCUAAUAGUCGUGAACAUUUUAAAAAGUUAUUAUUUACAUCGAUUACGGGAACUUGAAAUUAAAAAAGAACAUUAAACAUUAGCAAGUACAAAGUCAUCCACCCAUCCAUCUAUCCAUCGCGCGACUCUCUUUGAUCUUUCCCCGUCAUUCCUUUGUCAAUCCUUAACACAUACGCAUUUCUAUUUUGCUUGGAAUCGAGAUAAAAAUCUUUCGAGAUUCAUCGAACGAAAGAAAAUCGACGGAAAAAUAACGAUACAGAUAAAUAGUCAAACUGGCGGAGAACUUGCCGUGAAAAUGGGAUGCAAGUCCAGUGCACUCAAGUGCAUGGGCCACAAAAGGAAUUCGGAAUCGCAUAAUGGGGCCAAGUUGGACGCGAAAGACUCCGCGAUCGGUACAGAUACGCCAGAAUUCGUGAGAAAACAGGACAGCGGCCAUUUCACGUUGGAUUUGAAGGACUUUUUCUACGAAGAAGACUCAAGCGUGGAAAUACAACGCGCGGACAUGUAUGAUAUCGUGGCGGAAAAGGAAAUGCUCGAGGAAAUACGUCGUUCUUUGGAAGAGGAUGCGGAUUAUCCAGCGAUAAAAGGACCGCAGGAUAUCGACUCGCAUCUAUUGACCUCAAGCGCUCCUGGGCUUAUAAAAAUAUUAUUAGUUUUUAGCAAAGAUGAUCAGCAAAUGGAAAUUCUUGCAAAUAUUUCGAGGAGAUUGGGCUGGAGCGUAUCGGUGGCAAAAGACGCGGAAAAAGCCGUAGAAAUCUUUCAAACUCGAGGUCACGAAUUAGUGAUCAUUGAUCACAGAGGACAACGAGCCGUCGAGGGCGAUGCGAUUUGUAGAGCAAUCAAAUCUAGUCCAGUUUAUCACAGUUCCGUUAUUAUUGCACUCGUAAAAAAAUCAUACUUUAUGAACAGUGAGAAAGACGAGAUCGUGACGUUGGAUUUGUUGGAGAAAGGAUUUUCAAGAGCACUUAUGGAGUGCUCACACGAGGGUAUAUUGAUAAACGAAUUAGUAGGAAUUUAUACCAGUUCAGUAUUACCGAAAACACAGUUGGCGGCGGCUCACGCACUGUAUUUGGCUCUUGACAGAUGCCACGAUAUGGUUCACAUAACCAACGAAAGAAAUAUCGUACAGUUUCUAAACAAAGUGAGCGAAAAAUUAUUAGGAUAUAAAACGGAGGAGUUAGUAGGAAGAAAUCUCGGUGAAAUAGUCCAUUAUGAAAACUUUACUCUAAUGGAGCAGCAGUUGAGCAAGGGCAGAGAGUUCGAAGGAAACAUGAAUUGCAAGAGGAAAAAUAAUCAAAUGAUAACGAUCAAUUGCAGAAUAAUACCAUUUUGUAUUACACCAAAGAAGGCAACUCAUUUUAUAUACGUUUACGAUACGUUAUAUUUAUUGGAAAAUUCGGGCCCGUUGAGUCCGAUCAACAGUCCUUUGCAACCAAUGCAAAGAAUGAGUAUACUUUCGACCCGAAAAUCGUCGGACGUGAAAUCUGCCCUUAGCGAAGGGCAUAGACGAUCAAGCUUGCAAAAGCUUCAUAGUCUACAAUUGGAAGCACCAAUUACGAAAGUUAUCACUUUGCUUUCUAACGCCAUCACGGAAACGACGAAUACCGAAACAGCCGCUCAGAUUGACAAGGCAAUAGAAAUAUUGAAAACAACGGAAUUGUAUGUUCCGCAUCUUCGAGACGAUAAGGUUUACACCGAUCCUGUCGCUACAGAUCUCGUUGGAGCAUUACUUUCGGCUUCUCGUAAUCCUUGGGACUCGAGAAGAUCAUCGGCAGAUUCCGCUCGAUUAUCCAACAUAAGAGGUAUAAGCGUCGCAUCUACAAGGGCCCACCCGAAGUCUUUUAGAGGACCCCAAGAGAUCAUGGAACUGUUGGAAAACAGUCUCGAAUGGAACUUUGAUAUAUUUAAGCUUGAGAUCUUGACAGAAAAACGGCCAUUAAUCUUUCUCGGUACGAACAUUAUGAACAUGUACGAUGUACCGACUAGAUUGGGCUGCGACGAAAAGGUCAUGCACAAUUGGCUGAGCUUAAUCGAAGCCAAUUACAUAUCGAGCAACAGUUAUCACAAUUCGACACAUGCCGCAGACGUAAUGCAAGCUACGGCAAGAUUUAUGCAGUCGGAGAGACUGAAGCAAAUAUUGGAUCCGCUUGACGAGGUUGCUGCUUUGAUCGCUGCUGCCACCCAUGACAUAGAUCAUCCUGGUCGAUCCAGCCAAUUCUUAAGUAACUCGAACAGCAAAUUGGCAAUCCUUUAUAAUGAUCUAUCGAUCCUCGAAUCGCACCAUGCAGCGUUAACCUUCAAGCUAUCUCUCUCGGACGACAAAGUGAAUAUUUUCAAGAAUUUAGAUCGAGAUACGUACAAGCUAUUAAGGACUAACAUAAUUGACAUGAUUCUGGCGACAGAAAUGACGAAACACUUCGAACAUUUGGCGAGAUUUAUGAACGUCUGUAGCUUAAGAGUCGGAGAAGAUCAACCGAUGGAGUACAAUUCUGAAAAUGUGGAUGUGACGGUACUUUUACAGCCGGAAAAUGUAAUGAUGGUAAAGAGAAUGAUGAUCAAAUGUGCCGACGUGUCAAAUCCGACAAGGCCUUUGCGAUCUUGCAUCGAAUGGGCUAGAAGAAUCGCUGAGGAAUACUUUAGUCAAACGGACGAGGAAAAAAAAUUGAAGAUACCAGUGGUAAUGCCCAUGUUUGAUCGAAUGACUUGUUCGAUACCAAAAUCGCAGAUCGGUUUCGUCGAUUUCAUUAUAAACGACAUGAUAGAAGCUUGGGAUUCUUUCAUUGACAUGCCAGAAAUGCUUACUUAUAUGCGACACAAUUACGACAAAUGGAAAGAAUUAAACGAUCAGGGUGUAACGACGUUGCAGGAUAUCGAGAAGAUUCAAAUGCAAUCGGACUUGAACAUAACUAGGUUACCCGAGGAACGACGAUGAUGAAACGAACGACGUUUCUCUUUUUGAAUUCUCCGUCCUGCUCACUUUCUUACUGGAAAACGAGAAACGAGUUGUUGAAAAACGUUAGACGGCUCCGAUGAGCGAUUGGCGUACGUCGUAGCGCAUAUUUAUGCCAUAAAUUAAUGCAGUUUAUACGUUUCAGCAAGUAUAUGUUAUAUAAGAGAAAGA